UCCGUCUGUCCCCCCGCUUCCCUCUCUGUGCUCGCGCGCCCGAGUCCUGCGCGGUGUCCCCCCUCGAGCACCCCACACCGCGCGGCCCCGGCUCGCUCCGAUCCCGCGACUCCUUGGCCGGCGCAGCGCAUGGAGAGCUCUGCCAAGAUGGAAAGCGGCGGCGCCGGCCAGCAGCCCCAGCCGCAGCCGCAGCCGCCGUUCCUGCCGCCCGCCGCCUGCUUCUUCGCCACGGCCGCGGCGGCCGCGGCGGCGGCGGCGGCGGCCGCGGCGGCGCAGAGCGCGCAGCAGCCGCCGCAGCAGCCGCAGCAGCACCCACAGCAGCACCCACCGCCGCCGCCGCCGCCGCCGCCGUCGGCGCCCCAGCUGAGCCCCGCCGGCGACAGCCAGCCCUCAGGGGGCGGUCACAAGUCGGCGCCCAAGCAAGUCAAGCGGCAGCGCUCGUCGUCGCCCGAACUGAUGCGCUGCAAACGCCGGCUCAACUUCAGCGGCUUCGGCUACAGCCUGCCGCAGCAGCAGCCGGCCGCCGUGGCGCGCCGCAACGAGCGCGAGCGCAACCGCGUCAAGCUGGUCAACCUGGGCUUCGCCACCCUGCGCGAGCACGUCCCCAACGGCGCGGCCAACAAGAAGAUGAGCAAGGUGGAGACGCUGCGCUCGGCCGUCGAGUACAUCCGCGCGCUGCAGCAGCUGCUGGACGAGCAUGACGCGGUGAGCGCCGCCUUCCAGGCGGGCGUCCUGUCGCCCACCAUCUCCCCCAACUACUCCAACGACAUGAACUCCAUGGCCGGCUCGCCGGUCUCUUCUUACUCCUCGGACGAAGGCUCCUACGACCCGCUCAGCCCCGAGGAGCAAGAGCUGCUCGACUUCACCAACUGGUUCUGAGGGCUCUUGGCCUGCUCAGGCCUGGUGCGAGUGGGCUUUGGGAGGCAGGGCGACCACACAACCUGUGUCUUUAGUGCUUUCUCGUCAACCACGUUGGAAGGGAGAGAGACAGAGAGAAUUUUUUAAAAAAAUGAAAUAAAAAGAGGAAGAAGAAGAAGAAGAAAAAGGAAAAAAACCAACCAGAGGACCUGUCAUCCCCAAGGCCUAGAGGAGACGCAUCCGUGAGAAAGCAAGACUCGCACAUAACGGAGCUGCGCUCCUCUCCUCGUGGUGUCUGGCACGACAGCCAUUCGCAGAACGAAGAGCCAAGAGGACCCCAGGCAAAGCAAGAAGUGCAGUUUGUGUACAAAAGCAGAGGGCUGCGAGCUCAAGGGAGCCCCAGCCCCCUCCCCCCCACCCAGAAACUCCCACCCACCACUAACAGGUCGAGCUGUGGCCGCCGGCUUGGGUGCCUUCAACUCCUGCCCUCUCUCCAAUGAGCAGUUUUCAGCCCUCCAAAAAAGAGAUUGGUUUCUUUUCCUCCCAAUAUUCGCCCCACACCCAAGCCAAUAUACUGCAGGCUUUUGCUUGCAGGGAAAUGAUAGUAUACUCAGUUUUUUGAAAGCCCAUCCUGAGGAGGGUUCCUUCUCCCGGAGCCACUCCCUCCCUCCCUCCCCCCUCUCUCCCUCCCUCCCUUCUUCCACCCUCCUAUCCUCCCUCCUCCCUCCCUCCCCUCUCUCUUCCCUCCCUCCCCUCCCUCCUCCCUCCCUCCUCCCUCCCUCCCUUCCCUCUCCCCCCUCCCCCCUCCUAUCGUCUUUUCUACUGUUUUCAUUAUAGAAUGCUUCCAAUCUUUUUGUGAAUUUUUUAUUAUAAAAAUCUAUUUGUAUCUAUCCUAACCAGUUUGGGGAUAUAUUAAGAUAUUUUUGUACAUAAGAGAGAAAGAAAAAAAUUUAUAGAGUUUUGUACAAAUGGUUUAAAAUGUGUAUAUCUUGAUACUUUUAACAUGUAAUGCUAUUACCUCCACCUCUUCUAGAUGUGUCCUUUACCUUACAACUGCCACCCCCCCCCCCCAUGUGCUUUGUCAAGAACUCUCCUUAUAGGUGAGGUCACCAGAUGUACUUCAGCACCAAUGUGUCUUACUUUAUAGAAACUUUGUUUAAUGUAUUAAUGAUGUUAUUAAAUACUGUUCAAGGAGAACAAAGUUUAUGCAGCUACUGUCCAAACAUAUAAGUGGCAGCCAGUCGGUUUUCAUUGGUUGUCUUUCGGGAAAUUUCUAUCACUGCCUUUCCCCUCCCCCUUUACUGUUUUAUUACAAACUUACAAAAAAAAAGUGUAUAACCCUGUUUUAUACAAACUAGUUUCGUAAUAAAACUUUUUUCUUUUUCUUUUCUUUCUUUUUUUUUUUA